AGGAGCAUCCUAGCAGAAGGUGCUUUUCUCUCUGUCUGGCUCUAAGAAGACCUGGCAGAAGCCCCUUCUCCUCGCCAGGUGUUGGUGUCUCAAGGCUGUGUUGGGGGAGACCACCGCUGGCGGGUCGGUGGGCCGAAGGAUGGACUCUGUGGGGGACACCUCCAUCGGAGAAUGGGCCUCCGACCACCAGCCACCUCCCAGGACCCCCCGGACCCAUUCCCGCCACGUGAUCCGCAAAGUCGCCUCCAAAGUCGUGACCCAGACGAACCCGCCGUUUGCGAUUGUCUUCGUCACCCUCCUGUACUGUGGGGAGCUGACGGGGGCCUGCGUGGUGAGUUAUGCCUACAGCCGCUCCAACGACCUCUUCUGGCUCUCCCUGACCCUCCUCUUGAUGCUGAUCCCUGCCGUCAUGGACCAGCUCACCCUCAUCUUCAUCCAUCGGGACCUGACCAGCGACAAGCCCUUCAUUCUUUUCAUGCACCUGGUGCUGUUGGGCCCUCUGAUCAGGUGUUUAGAGGCCAUUGUGAUAUUCUACCGGUUGGGUCGUGAGGAGGAACCCUAUGUCACCAUCACUCGCAAGAAGUAUAUUCAAAGCAACACCGAGAUUGAGCUGGAGCAAGAGGUGGGCCACUCUGUGCGCCGGUUGCUCACGCACCGCAAUGCCUUCAAGCGCAUGGCCGUCAUCCAGGCCUUCCUGGGUUCGACACCACAGCUCACCCUGCAGCUUUAUGUCAGCGUUGUGGAGCAAUACGUCCCCACUAGCAGAGCAGUCCUGAUGUGCAUCUGCUUGCUCUCUGUCACCUAUGGGGCCUUAGUCUGCAAUGUCCUGGCCAUCCAGAUCAAGUACGACGACUACAAGAUUGUCCUGCGCCCGCUGGCCUUCAUCUGCAUCCUCCUCUGGCGCUGCCUGGAAAUCUCCACCCGCAUCACCAUCUUGGUUCUUUUCGGGAGCGUCUUUAAACACUACGCCAUGGCUGUCGGCGGGGCCAACUUACUGGUGUUCUUCUUCUUGCCCUGGGUCCAGUUUUGGACAAGUGGCGGCCAACUGCCUGACAAUGUGGAGAAGAACUUCAGCCGGGUGGGCACCCUCAGCGUCCUGUGUACCAUCACUCUGCUCUACGCGGGAAUCAACAUCUUCUGCUGGUCAGCUGUGCAGCUGAGGUUGGCCGAGAGGGAGUUGAUUGCCAAGUCCCAAAACUGGGGGUGCUUAGUUUUGUAUUAUGUCUUCCGGGGCAUGGAGAACAGCGUGCUGGUCAUCUGCUGGUACUUCUUUAAGACAGACAUCUACGAGUAUUUCUGCACCCCAAUGGUGGUGCUGCAGUUGAUGGUGGCCUACUGCCUGGCUGUCGCCUUCAUGCUCUUCUUCAUGCAGUAUCUCCACCCUUGUCGCCGCCUCUUCACACACAACAUCUCUGACUUCUUGGAGUGUGUCUGCUGCAGGCAGGCAAAGGCAGUCCGGCCUGUGCUUCUUGAGCCCCCCUGGGAGCCUGGCGUAAGGCACAGUGUUGUCUGAAAGAAGAGAGUCUAAACAGUGAUAAGCCUCACGUUGCAGAUAGUAGAAAGAUGGACCGCACACCUCGCAUAGCCUCCGUGCCAGCUUAGCCUGAGGAGACGGGCCUUACAUUUAUGGUGCUAGUGCUGGGUGUGGCCUCAGACAGCCUCCUAGAGCAUCACGUGGACUGACAAAGAAGAUCAUGGUGGACAAUAAGGGUACCGUGUUGUCUUUAUUGAUCUUCACUCAUAGUCAAGGUUUACCAGAAUGUUACACUCAUCUAGCUGGAGCAGCCAUGGGUUUCAGGAUGAGUGCCUUUGGCUGACAGAAACGUGUCUGAUAUGGAUGGGACUGUACUGAAAUGUCCAGGCGCUGGAUGUCUACUGGCAUGUUUACCGUGGUGACACAGCAGACCUAUCUGAAGGAUGUCCUGCAUGGUUGAAUGCAGGAUGAGUUUAAGAAAAUAGUAACAUGAUACUUUUGAGGAACAGCUAACGGACAUUAUGUGUGGUGGAGGGGCCCCUCCUUCAUCACACCACUGCCUUCUUUAGACUGGAUAGAGUUGUGGGUCUAGUGUUUUCAAGGAGUCAAUGUGCAGCCCUUCGCCUUGCCAAGUGUCGCUUUUGGGAUGUGACCGUUUUAUCCUGCUCCUUAAUAUUUAUUUAUUUGUUUAUUUGAUGUGAGAAGGGACAGCGUUGAACUCCAAAGAGUGUUGGGAAUCAUUCUGCAUUUUAAAAUAAUUUAAACUUAUU